AAAUAUUCUUGGCUUCGUUUGUUUUUGGUUGUUUGUUUUGAUUCUUUUUGCGAUUCAGGACAUCAUGAUGGUUAAAGUGUUUUGUUGAACAAAAAAAAAUGGAUUUACGUUUGAUUUCGUUGCUGUUAUUAUCGGUAAAUAUUUUCAUAAAAAUCGAUAAAAUCGAAUCAACAUCAGCAUUACCACCACAAAUUAAUAUUGGUGCUAUAUUUAAAAAAGAUGAUCAUCAUCUACUGAAAGCUUUACACGAUAUUAUUGAUCGUAUUAAUAAUGAUAAAAAAAUUCUACCACGUACAAACUUGACGAUAAAAUCACAAUUUAUUCAAUCAAGAGAUAGUUUACGUGCUGCAAAAUUGACAUGUCAAAUGUUAAAAGAAAAAGUAUGGCUAAUAUUAACAUCACGUUCCGAUUCGGCAAAUCGUUUUGCACGUUCAACUGCGGAUAUGUUACAUAUACCACAUCUAUCGAUACAAUGGGAUUAUCGUUCUGCUUAUAUUGAUAAUAUAAAUUUUCAACAACAACCAAAUAAUCAAAAACCAGAUUCAUCAUCAUCAUCAUUGAUUUUUGAUGAUCCAGCAUCAAUGUUGAUACGUGGUCCAAAUGGUGGUUUCUAUAUGGAUCCAUUCGUAUCGGGUAAUGCUGAAACUGGUUUUCGUUUUUCAUCAUCUUCAGCAAAAAAACAACAAACCUAUCGACAACGACAACCAACAUCAAAUUAUCAACAACAAAAAACAAUAACAAAUAUUCAUCAUUUAACAUUGAAUAUUUAUCCAGAUGCAACCGAAUUAUCUGAAGCGUUAAAAGAUUUUGUUGAAACACGUUCAUGGAAAUCAUUUACAUUAAUUUAUGAUAGUGAUGAUGCAUUAAUACGUUGUAAAGAUCUUCUGACAUUAGCUAAUCAAUCCAAACCAGGACGGCCAAAAAUGAAAAUAUCUGUAUUGAAUUUUGUUGAAUUUGAUGCAAUGGCAAGAUUACAAACAAAAAUGUUACAACAACAACAACAAAAACGUCGUCGACGUCGUCGUCGUAGUCGACAAGAUAAUCAAACAACAAUCAACGAUAAUAUAAAUCGUGGUGCAUCAUAUUAUCAUCGUAAUCGUUAUCGUCCAUAUAAUCCAAUGCAACAAGAUCAAUUAUUACAUUAUCAACAACGACAACGGCAACAACAACAACAAAAAUGGUCAAUAAAUUUAGAUGAUUUAGAACAACAAAUGCAACAAUAUGUUUAUAUGAAAUUAUGGAAAGAAAUAAAAUCAUCGGAACAUAAUUUUAUAUUAAGUUUACGUUUUGAUCGUGUACUAGAUAUAUUACGUGAAGCAAGAAAAAUGAAAAGAAUGAGUGAAUAUGAUAAUUAUUUCGUUAUUACAAUGGAUUUGCAUAUGUAUGAUUUAAAUGAAUUUCAAAAUCUUGAACCAUUACCAAAUAUAACAGCAUUAUCGGUGGUCAGUGCACAAGGACAGGAAAUAAAUUUAGGUACAACUGAUGAACUGUUUGCACGUGGUGGUGGAGGUGAUUUUUAUCCAUCAUUAUCAUUGGCUACCGGUAAUAAUGGAUUACGUACGACGAAAAAACUAAGCACAGAUGAAGCAUUAAUCUAUGAUGCAAUGACAUUAUUUGCACGUGCAUUAGAUGAUUUAGAUCGAUCACAACCAGAAUUGAUUGUUGAACCAUUUGUUGAAUGUGAUUUAUUAACAAAUAAUUCUCCUUCUAGUUCCAGUGUUAAUGAUGAUAAUAAUAAUCAAGAUCGAUAUUAUCAACAACCAUGGCCAUUAGGUAUACAUAUUAUUGAUUAUAUGAAAAAUUUACGUAGUCGUGGUGUAACCGGAUCAAUAAUGUUUAAUGAUCAAGGUUUAAGGGUUAAUUUUACAUUGGAUGUUUUACAAUUAAAACCUGAUGGUUUGAAAACGGUUGCAAAAUGGACACGUUCAGAUGGAAUUGUUUCACUAUCGAAUUAUACAUUUUAUGAUUCAUAUCGUGAAAUAUUAGAAGCAAUGAAAUUUAAAGAAUUAUUAAUAACCGUACCACCAUCAUCAAUACCAUAUGUAUCAUUACGUGAAGAUCAUGAAAAUUAUUCUGGUAAUGAUAAAUUUUAUGGUUUUUGUGUUGAUCUUUUACAAGAAAUUGCACAAGUAUUUCGACAAGAUUUUCAAAGUGAUUUUAAAUAUGUUAUACAAAUAUCACAAGAUGGACAAUAUGGUCGUCCGGAUAAAGAAACUGGUGAAUGGAAUGGUAUGUUUGGUGAAUUGAUUCGUCAUCAAGCAGAUUUAGCUAUAGCCGAUUUAACUGCCACCUAUCUUCGUGAAACAGCAGUUGAUUUUACAAUGCCAUUUAUGAAUCUGGGUAUUGCAAUAUUGUUUAAAAAACCAAGUGCACCUGAACCGGAAAUGUUUUCAUUUUUAAAACCAUUUUCCGUUGAAGUUUGGUUAUAUUUAGCAAGUGCAUUUUUAGGUAUAUCAUUAAUGUUGUGGAUAAUGUCAAGAAUAUCACCAUAUGAAUGGGAAGCACCACAUGGUUGUGAUCCUGACCCGAUUGAAUUAUGUAAUCAAUUUUCAAUUGGUAAUAGUCUUUGGUUUACAAUUGGUUCACUUAUGCAACAAGGUUCAGAUUUAGGACCAAAAGCAUUAUCAACACGUUGUUUAGCAACAAUUUGGUGGUUUUUUACAUUAAUCAUUAUAUCAUCUUAUACAGCUAAUUUAGCUGCAUCAUUAACAUUGUCAAGAAUGGCACCUGCAAUAUCAUCGGUUGAAGAUCUAGCUAAACAAACAUCAAUUCUUUAUGGUUGUCGUAAAGGUGGUUCAACAUGGGAAUUUUUUGCACAAUCAAAUAAUACUAUUUAUCAACGAAUGUUUAACACGAUGGAAGCUAAUCCUGAAGUUUAUAUUAAUAAAGUUACCGAUGCUAUUGAACGUGUACGUAAAGGUGGUUAUGCAUAUUUAGCUGAAUCAUCAACAAUCGAAUAUCUUAUUCAACGACGUUGUGAUUUAAUACAGGUUGGUAAUUGGUUAGAUAAUAAAGGUUAUGGAAUUGCAACACCACCUGAUUCACCAUAUCGUACACCAAUUUCGAAUGCAAUCACAGUAUUACAGGAUCGUGGUACAUUGUAUCAACUGAAAAAACGUUGGUGGGUUGAAAAAGGUGGUGGUCUUUGUACUGAUGAUGUUAUAUUUACAUCGGCUGCUGAAUUAGAAAUUGAAAAUCUUGGUGGUGUUUUUCUUGUACUAACUGUUGGUGUUGCUAUUGGUUUAUCGUGUGGUUUUAUUGAAUUUGUAUGGAAAUCAUUAAAAAUUGCACGUGAUGAACGUGAAUCAAUUGGGAAAUUAAUCUGGUUGGAAAUGUUUCGUAUUUGCACGGGUGGUGGAUCAUCACGUCCUGCAUUUCAACCAUCAUCAUCAACAAUCAAUAUGACUACAUUGGAUCAACCAAAUUCAAAUCAAAAUGAUAAUGAUAAUGAUGAUUCACCAAGAUUAUCAACAUAUCAUCAACAUCAACGUACAAGACCAUUUUCAAAAACAUCAUCAUUUACAUCAAAUUCAAUGGCACAAUUUGAUAAUAAUAAUUAUUAUCUACCAUCACCAACAGCUAUUACUGAAAAUAUUGAUAAUAUUGUUGGUGGUAGUGGUCAACCAAACUCUGAUUAUGGAUCACCAUUACGUAUGCGACCAACAUCAUCAUCAAAUCGUCGUAAUAAAACAAUGAAUCCAGAUUCACCAUCAAUAAUGUCACCAUUAAUAUCGAUGAAUUCAACAAAAUCAUUGAAUAAAUUAAAUAAUAAUCAAAAUAAUAGUAAAAUGGCAUUUGGAUCACCAACAUCAUUCAAAUCACAACAACCAUAUAAUAUGUAUUGAGAUAAUGAAAAAUUCUUUUAAUCGUUU